AUGCAUUUUGAUAUCGCUUUUCAACAGGCAGUUGUUCAUAUCAUCGAAAAUGGUGUAAGAUUUUUUCCAAUUUUUAUUCUGGUCAUGGGUGUUUUGUCUCCCUUAACAUCAGGUGUGGUCAGCAGUGCUGCUGUGGCCUUCGUGUAUCGGGCUUCCAAUUAUCAGAUGGCACCACUGUAUGCACUCCUAUGGGGAGUUGGUCAGACUGUUGUUUCUGCCUGCAUAGGUUUUACUCGAAUACUAGCUACAUUAUAACAUACACAGUGUCCUGAUAUUAGGGGUAAGCAGCCCAAAAGUACCAUAAAAGACUUCAGAUCUCUCAUCUUGAUCUUUCUGUGCACUUUUUGUUUCUACUAUAUCUCUAUCUUGUCUUACUUGUGCAUUUAUCAUCACUGUGUAUCCACAAAACAUGAAGAAAGUGGUUUGCAUGAUAGUCAUGAAGUUAUGACUCUGAUUUUAAAUAAAAAUUGGAUUUUGUUACACCUAAUGAUAAUCUACUGAGCUUCUUGAACUGGUGUUUUUGAGUUUGUUUCUUUCAGUGCUCUCAAGAAAAUUUUUAAAAAUUUCCAUACCCAGUGUUUUCUUCUCAAAUAGUUUGAUUUAAGAGAUUCUGAAAGUUGGAUGGUCCAUGAUGGUACAUAUAUCCAUCCAGUAUAUUGAUUAUGAAUAUUAGAAUGUAUCAAUUAUUAACAUGCCAGUGGUUUUCCAAGUACAAAGACAUUACUCACAAUUUGAGUCACUCGUCAUUUUAAAGGAUAAAUGUGGUUCUUUUGAUUGUAAUUUUCUCAUUUAUAGUUCUAGAAUAUUAAUUAGUUUGAUAUAGUAUGUCAAUAUUCUGUUAGAAACUUUUUUGUACAUUGUGUAGUGCACUUGAAAUAUAACAUCGAGCUUAAAAUGAUUUGUUCACUAGCUUGUAGUUGGAUUAUUUCUUAUAUCUAUUAUCACUAUUUUGUGCCAUCAACUUGAGUCUCAAGCCAGGAACAAGAGCUCAGUACUUAUGAAUAGUUGCAAUCUACAACCCCUUUUCUGAAAGAAUCUGUCUCUUUUAUAUGUUGUACUUACAUCUUCAAAUUUGCACAUAAAUGCCAUGUAUAUACAUUGAAAAAAUUUGUAAAUACGUAUUAAUAACUUGUAGUAUAAAUAUUGUAUAAUAUUUUGUGAAUAUGGCCAGUGAAUUGCAUAGGUGGUCAAUAGUGGGCAUUUUAUCUUGUAUCAUUUACUAUUUUUUAAUUACUAUGUAUAAUGUAUUAAAACUUGUUUGUGUUACUUGUUAUUCAUGUACCAUCCAUAUUAGUACAUCCAUGUAUAGUCCAUUGAGAAAAUUUCUCUGUUGAUUUUGGGAAAAGUAUGUUAAUUGCACAAUGUUACCUUCACAGCAAACUCUGAGGUAAUGUGGACCAUUGAUGCAGCUGUAUUUACUAGAUAUGGUGUCUAUGUGCCUCAGAAAUCUGGUGCAAAAUGUGUUGUGACUAAAAAGUUGUAUGACACAAGCAAUUAUUAAUGUGGUUUUGAUAAGGAAUGUCAUAUAUGUCAUAGUUAAGAGAUCUCUUAUUGUGACCUUUUUAGGAUGGUCAAUAAUACGUAUAAAUAUUUAUUGCUAAGGUGCCGAAUUAGUUACUGUUAUGGAAGAGAGAAUGACUGGUAAACAUAUAUCAUUGCCACUAAGUACAUGUAAAUGAACAUUUUUGCUAGGGCGUAUUGCCAAAAAUAAAUGAAUAUGAUUAUUGCAUAUAUACUGCAUGUGAUGAUACUAUGGAGAACAACAACCAUAUUUUUCCUACAAUAUCAAGACUGUUUUGUUUAUUAAAACAUGAGUGUGCUCGUUUAUAGUAGAUGAUACAGUAUUAUUCCAUAGAAGGCAGCGAUAGUAUGUUGAAACAUUUUGUUACAGAAUGUUAAAUAUAUUUAAUGUUAGAACUCAGUAGUCAACCAAAUAAUCGAAUUUCGUGACAAUGUACUGAAACAUACAAGCACCAUAUUUUACAUUUAUGGGCAGCAUUUCCAUAUUAAUAAGUUUUUAUAACAAUCAGUGUGGUGAUUUAUUAUCAGUAAUCAAAAAGUAUUAGCUGAUUAGUCAUCAGCACAUGUUUUUAAAUAAAGCAUUCUGCAGAAUUCAAAAUUUGUGUUUCUCUAGCUUUAUUAAAUGCCCUUUUUUAAAUUAUAAAUUUAGAAUGAGUAGUUUGGUUACAAAAUUUAUUAUUCUCAAGUUAUAGGGUUAGAUCUUUUGAUAAGAAAUGUAUUCCUAAAUUGAAGUGAUUGUGAGAGUGGAAUUUUAUUUUGUGAAGAGAUAAUAUGUGAUGUUAGAUGAUAUGAGGGUCAGUAAUCAGCAAUUACAUGGCCAAUUCAUAUACUUGGAUAGGUCUAGCAUCUGGAAGGUUAUGAAUUUGUCUUUUGAUAUGGGAAUCCUCUUUUGACUGUGGGACCAAAGUAACUAAAGAGGAUCUCUUAAGAUUCUUGUUGAAGUAGAAUUAAAAAUUCUGGUCCAAGUAAAUGUCAACAUGGAAUUAUGAACGUAAUUAAAAUGUUUGUCAUGCAUUUGUGCUUUUUAGAUGCAGCAUAAUAGCUUGUGGUAUUAAAUUAUACAAAACAAUCCAGAAAAGCUUCAAUUUGCUCUGCUAAGAUAGUUCAAGGAAUAUGUUAGUGGGUUUCAAUAAAUUGACUUAAUAGAUGCAUUCCUUGUUUUUGUCUGUCCUAAUUUGCAUGCUGUAUUUAUAUUUUUGGUGUAUGUAGUGUAUCACUGCUUUGUUAAUUGAAGUUCACUUGUUUUGUACAUUUUUGAAAAAAUAUGUUAAUUCAGUGCAUGAGAAUAUGUAUCUCUGUUGUGUGUCAAAUAUAUUAUUUUUUAUUUAUUUACAGCAUUUAUUUUAAUGCUUUUUAUUUGUAUUUGAUGUAUUAUAAAAAAGUACAUGUACUGUUAAACACCAAUUAGCUGUUUCAAGCAUGUUUUCUAAGAAAUUCAGAAUAUUUAAUGUGCUGUUGAUAAUGCUGUGAUGAAAGGGGGAAACUAGAAAUGUAAAUAUAUCACAAUGUUGCCAUAUACUUCAAUCUGAAUUCAAUAACAAAUUAUUUUGUGUGUUUAGUUGUCUUUAUUAUCACAAAAUAAAGAUUGCAUUUCUUGAUGAUAUAAAGGCU